UUGAUACUAUGAAAAUGAAAUACGAAACCUGAUAAUUUAUCGUUUUAUUGGAAAAUAAGGGUAUGUGCGAAUACAUUUUAUAGUCACUAUAUAUCAACUUUAAACCAAUAUUUUUUAUUUACAUUGAGAAUCUUCACUCCCAUCAUUUGCCACUUCAACUCUAUAAUUCAAUGCCAACAAAAAUUGUUACGAGUAUAAUUUACUGAAUUAUGUUAUGUUGAAAUUAAAAUUACUAUACGUAAGUGGUGAAAUCACGAAAGAAUUUUAUUUCAUAGUACAAUCUUUCUCUUUGAAAGAAGCAAUUUUGUUUUAUUAUGUUUAUUAAUUGAGUGUGUGUAUCUAACUCCAUCAUUCUGUAUCUGAUGAUAUUUACCUUAUCUUAUAGUUUUCACUUUAAAAUAUCUCGCUGUAACGAACAAAUAAAUGAAUGUCCCCACAAUUAUUAUAUAAUUAAAUUUUUAUAUCUCUCACACAUGAAUAAUGGAAAGCGGCUAUACUUUGAUAAGGACGUCCGUACAUUGUCCCCUUACGGCAAAACGAUUCUAUUCGCGUUUUCGGAGCACGGUCGAAUCUUUUUCGAGGCUGCGAACGAUUCACGAAGGUAAUCGUGAAAUAUCGUGUCACUGAUCCGUUAUAUUAUUUGAGAACAAUAUAGGAAUUCUUGGGCCACAGUUAAGGUUAAGGUCAAGGUUGUUCGGUCUAUUAGCUGGAUCGAUACUUCGAUAAUUAGUCGAUGCGGAAACGAUUUCUAUUUUACGGGUCGAUGUCAUAAAAUGCGAUUGUUGCACAGUUUUAAAAAUCGCCUUGUGCGGAGUGGUUGAUUUUGCACCUUCGUAUCUUAAAAUAUUUUUAAUAAUUAUUAAUCUAGUGAUUGCCACGCGAGUUUUAUGCAUGUAUCUUACCCUGGGAGCCACAAUGGAUUGAGAUAUACUAUACUAUAACAUUUAAUUUUUGCAAAAUAUUAUAUUAUAUUUGCUAAUUUUUUUGGAUAAUGUCAUCUAAAUCAUUCAUAUCUUUGAAAAUAUUUUAGCCUAUGAAAGUUAUCUUAUUUUAAUCAGUUUACAAAAUAUAAUAAAACGCGAAUAAUUUGUUACUUCAAUUUGUUUAACUGUCCAUAAGUGUAUCUUUUAUAUAUGAUAUAUCAAAUGUUUUUGAAAAAAUGAAUAAAGAUUGAUGAUUAACAGAUACUAUCAAGUGAUACUUGAGGUAGUUUAAAAUGAGUGCAUGACACUCCCAUAAUUGAAAAAUUUAUUGAAAAACUAAUACUUUGAAUUUUAAUUUGCUUUCAACGGAAAUAUUAUGCGAUAUAACUGAUAAACGAUCGCAUAUACUAUUUUACGUCGUAAUUCUCAGAUAUUUGAAAUACAUCGUUGCAAAAGAGUUGAAAUUAUCGAUGUGUGUAUAUGUGUCUAUGUCAUAGCAACCAUUAUUGAAAUAACCACGUAUCUAGUAACGAUUUACAUACAGGAUGAUAUAACAACUCGGCGAUGUUUCUCGUCAUUAAGAUGCUUAGAAAUGAUAUAGGAUUUUAUGUUGUAAUUUGAAUCAUCUUUUGCGAAACUAUUUGUAUUAAUUCAUCCAACUGAAGGAUAAGAUGCGAGGAAAGAAUAAAAAGAAAAUGGCCAAAAAUAAUGGCAAGAAUGAAAAAAAGGGUAGAAACGGCAAGCACAGCAAGAACAACAAUGGUGGUAAAAAUAAGGGAACAAAAAGAUCAAGAAAGAGUGGAGGAAGAGCAAAAUUUACUAUGGAUAUCUUUAAUGAAGAGGUCAUGGAAAAUGCUUAUUAUACUUGCCAUAAUAUUAUGGAUGUAUUGAAGUGUAGAGGAUUCCCUUGGCCUGAAGCACAAAAGAAGAAGAAGAAGAAGAAGAAGGGGAGGAAGUGAAUAAUAAUCAC